AUGACGCAGAGAAACCCAACACUGCUGAAUGAGAUCUACACAGAGCUCUACAUCACAGAGAGUGAGAGAGGAGAGAUCAAUAAUGAGCAUGAGGUGAGACAGAUUGAGACACAAUCCAGGAGAGAAGCAACAGAGGACACAGCCAUCAAAUGCAGUGACAUCUUCAGACCUUUACCUGGACAAGACAAAGACAUCAGAACUGUGCUGACAAAGGGAGUCGCUGGCAUUGGAAAAACAGUCUCUGUGCAGAAGUUCAUUCUGGACUGGGCCGAAGGGAAAGAGAAUCAGGACGUCCAGCUCAUAUUUCCACUUCCUUUCAGAGAAAUCAACUUGAUGAAGGACAAAACACUCAGUCUUUCAGAUCUUCUUCACGACUUUUUCCCUGAAACUAAAGAAAUGGAAAUAUCCAGCGAUGAAUAUAAAGUGUUGUUCAUCUUUGAUGGUCUGGACGAGUGUCGUCUGUCUCUGGACUUCAAGAGUAAAGUGAAACUGUGUAAUAUAUCUGAGUCAGCCUCAGUGGAUGUGCUGCUGAUGAACCUGAUUGUGGGGAAUCUGCUUCCUGCUCUCAUCUGGAUCACCUCCAGACCAGCAGCAGCUGAUCUCGUCUCUGAGUGCGUCCAUCGAGUGACAGAGGUACGAGGCUUCAAUGAGCCACAGAAGGAGGAAUACUUCAGGAAGAGCAUCAGUGAUCAGAGUCUGGCCGACAGGAUCAUCUCACACCUGAAGUCCUCCAGGAGCCUCUUCAUCAUGUGUCACAUCCCAGUCUUCUGCUGGAUCUCAGCCACUGUUCUUGAGAAGAUCUUGAGUCGAGCAGAGACUGGAGAGAUUCCUAAGACUCUCACUCAAAUGUACACACACUUCCUGAUCCUUCAGACCAACAUCAAACAUGAGAAAGACUAUGAGAAGAACGUGACAGAUGAAGACAUGAUCCUCAAACUGGGGAAACUGGCUUUCCAGCAGCUUGUGAAAGGAAACCUGAUCUUCUAUGAUGAAGACCUGAAAGAGUGUGGCAUUGAUGAGACAGAAGCAUCAGUUUAUUCAGGACUGUGCACUCAGAUCUUCAGAGAGGAGCUGGGAUUGUUUCAGGGGAAAGUCUUCUGCUUCGUUCACCUGAGUCUUCAGGAACAUCUAGCAGCUCUAUAUGCACACCUCUCCUUAACAUUAAAGAAGAUAAAUGUGUUUGACCAAACCAAACACAGUCUAUUGUCCAAGAUAUUUUACCAGAAUAAAUAUAACUCACUAUCUGAGCUGCAUCAGAGAUCUGUGAAUAAGGCUCUAAAGAGUAAGAAUGGACACCUGGAUCUUUUUCUGCGGUUUCUUCUCGGUCUCCCAGUGGAGUCCAAUCAGACUCUUUUAAGAAAACUACUGACACAGACAGGAAGCUGCUCCUACAACAAAGAGGAAACAGUUCAGUUCAUCAAAAAGAAAAUCAGGGAGAAUCACUCUUCAGAGAAAUCCAUCAAUCUGUUUCACUGUCUGAAUGAACUGGGUGAUGAUUCACUGAUGCAGGAGAUCCAGGGUUAUCUGAAAUCUGGAGGAAUAAGAGAAAUCAACCUAUCCUCUUCUCAGUGGUCAGCUCUGGUUUAUGUGUUGCUGACAUCAGAGCAGAAGAUGGAUGUUUUUGAUCUACAACAGUUUAUUGGAGAACAACAUACAGGAGAAGAAGUUCUUCAGUAUCUGUUACCUGUGGUUAAAGAAUCCAGAUCAGUUCGGCUAUGUGGAUGCAAUCUCACUGCUCAGUCUUGUAAAAGUUUAUCUUCAGUUUUACAAUCCUCAAACUCAAACAUCCUGAGAGAGCUGGACCUGAGUAACAAUGACCUGCAGGAUUCAGGAGUGAAGCUGCUCUCUGAAGGACUGAAGAGUCCAAACUGUCAUCUGGAGAUUCUGAGGCUAUGUGGAUGCAGUCUCACUGCUCAGUCUUAUAAAAGUUUAUCUUCAGUUUUACAAUCCUCAAACUCAAACAUCCUGAGAGAGCUGGACCUGAGUAACAAUGACCUGCAGGAUUCAGGAGUGAAGCUGCUCUCUGAAGGACUGAAGAGUCCAAACUGUCAUCUGGAGAUUCUGAGAUUGUCUGGCUGUAUGGUGACAGAGGAAGGCUGUGGUUAUGUGUCUUCAGCUCUGACUUCAAACCCCUCACACCUGAGAGAGCUGGAUCUGAGCUACAAUCAUCCUGGAGAUUCAGGAGUGAAGCUGCUCUCUGAAAAACUGGAGGAUCCAAACUGCUCACUAAAUAAACUCAAUGUUGAGCAUGGAGGAGAAUCCAGGAUUACAGCAGGACUCAAGAAAUAUGAGUGUUUUUUCACACUGGAUCCAAACACAGCACACACUAAACUCAGUCUGUCUGAGGAGAACAGAAAGGUGACACGUGUGUUUCAGUCUCAGUCGUAUCCUGAUCAUCCAGACAGAUUUGAUCUGUAUCCUCAGGUGUUGUGUAGAGAGAGUGUGUGUGGACGCUGUUACUGGGAGACUGAGUGGAGUGGAGGUGUGUUUAUAUCAGUGUCAUAUAAGAACAUCAGCAGGAAGGGACUGGGUGAAGAGUGUGUGUUUGGAUCUAAUGAUCAGUCCUGGAGUUUGAUCUGCUCUCCUCACAGUUACUCCUUCAGACACAAUAAGAUAGAGACUGAUCUCUCUGUGAAGCCCAUCAUCAUCAGCAGAAGAAGAACAGGAGAGUAUGAAGAUAUCUACAGAGUAGGAGUGUAUGUGGAUGAGAGCGCAGGAACUCUGUCCUUCUUCAGCGUCUCUGACUCAAUGAGACUCAUCCACACAGUCCAGACCACAUUCACUCAGACACUCUGUCCUGGGUUUAGAGUUUAUUUUUAU